AUGAUCUGGAUUUGUGAACAGAUCUCCGAAGAUCCAGAUGGUGGCUACAAUAUUGAUCUCAAUCAACAUGUGCCUGCAUCGAAUAUGAAGGUGAUUUCACGACUUUUCAACUGUAUCAAUGUGCUCGCCAACCACGGAAUUCACAUCUUUGAGACAUCGGUUAUGGACUGCUACGAUUUUCCUCCGCGUAUGAAACAAAGGAUU